AGCUACGGGCCCCCCUGGAAGUUCCAGCGCAAGCUGGUGCACGCCGCCCUCUCCAUGUUCGGGGAGGGCUCGCUCGCCCUCGAGAGGAUCAUCUGCCGGGAGGCUGCAUCCCUGUGUGAAAUACUCAGCACUGCGCAGGAUACAGCCCUGGACGUGGCCCCCGAGCUCACACGGGCCGUCACCAACGUGGUCUGCUCCCUCUGCUUCAACUCCUCGUACCGGCGCGGAGACCCCGAGUUCGAGGCCAUGCUGGAGUACAGUCAGGGUAUUGUGGACACUGUGGCCAAGGAGAGCUUGGUGGACAUCUUCCCCUGGCUCCAGAUCUUCCCCAACAAAGACCUGGCCCUGCUGAAGAGAUGCCUCAAGGUCCGGGACCAGCUGCUCCAGCAGAAGUUCACCGAACACAAGGAAGCCUUCUGCGGGGAUGCCGUGAAGGACCUCAUGGACGCGCUUCUGCAAGUGAGGCUCAGUGCCGAGAACAGCAGCCCACCGGCGCCAGGGCUGGAGCUGACUGACGACCACCUCCUCAUGACGGUGGGGGACAUCUUCGGGGCCGGUGUGGAGACCACCACAACUGUGCUCAAAUGGGCUGUGCUCUACCUGCUCCACUACCCCGAGGUCCAAAGGAAGAUCCAGGAGGAGAUGGACCAGAAAAUCGGCCUGGCGCGUCACCCCCACCUCAGCGACCGCCCACUGCUGCCCUACCUGGAGGCCACCAUCAGCGAAGUGCUGCGCAUCCGGCCCGUGUCCCCCCUGCUCAUCCCGCAUGUGUCCCUUGCUGACACCAGCAUCGGGGAAUACUCCAUCCCCAAAGGCGCCAGGGUCGUCAUCAACCUCUGGUCCGUGCACCAUGAUGAGAAGGAGUGGGACAAGCCCGAGGAGUUCAACCCCGGCCGCUUCCUGGAUGAGCAGGGCCAACACAUCCACUCGCCCUCGCCCAGCUACCUGCCCUUCGGGGCCGGGAUCCGCGUCUGCCUGGGUGAAGUCCUGGCCAAGAUGGAGCUCUUCCUCUUCCUGGCCUGGGUGCUGCAGAGAUUCACGCUCGAGUGCCCCCAGGACCAGCCCCUGCCCUCGCUGGAGGGCAAGUUUGGCGUCGUGCUGCAGGUGCAGAAGUUUCAGGUGAAGGCCAGGCUGCGGGACGCCUGGCGAGCGACCUUGUGAUGGGGACGAGCCCUGAUCCUGGGCAGUGGUGGGGUGGGAUGGGACCACAGAGGCUAUGCCCUGCCUGCCCCAUGGAUGUGGGGUUGUCCGGAUAAAGCUGUUCCCAAUGCA